AGUCAGGUUUGGUUAGGAUGGUUUGAACGGUGUGUGUACGUGUUUGUACUCGAUGUGAUUGUUAAGUUUGCUGAUUUUACUGAAGUUUCUUCGGGGUUUGUGUGCUCGUUUAUUACGAUGUCAAAGAGUAAAGUUUCGGCUGAAUGGAGAAAACGAGUAAAAUCGGAGUAUAUGCGUUUGCGACAAAUGAAACGUUACAAGCGUGCAGACGAAGUCAAGAUCGCGUGGAAUCAGAAUCGUAAGGUUAUGACAGAUCUCCUUAUGGCUGAACACAAGCGUUGGAUAGAUGGAAAGGCAAUGUGGCUAGCUAUGCAGGACAUUCCAUCUCAUCUGUCUUGUAUGAAAAAGGCAGAAAUUACCAGUCCUGACGGAGAUACUCAAAGUUGUCCUGUAAAAAUAAUUAAUGCAGUGACUCCUAUACCAACUAUGUAUACAUGGGCACCAAUUCAGCAAAACUUUAUGGUAGAAGAUGAAACUGUUUUACACAACAUUCCUUAUAUGGGUGAUGAAAUUUUGGAUCAAGAUGGCACUUUUAUUGAGGAGCUUAUCAAAAAUUAUGAUGGAAAGGUUCACGGUGACAGAGAAUCAGGCUUUAUGGAUGAUUCUAUUUUUGUCGAUUUGGUGAAUGCUUUAGCAAAUUACGAGAAAGAAGACAGAGAGAGAGAACAGACGAAAAAAGGAAAGGAAACUUUGAAAGAGAAAGAGAAUCAAAAAGAAAUUGAAAAGAAAGAUUCUGAGAUAAAGGUUGAAGUAAAAGCAGAGAAAACAGAAAACGCAAAGACAGUAGCUAAUCCUCUCCCGUCAAUGCACAUAUUCAAUGCAAUAUCAAGCAUGUUUCCUGAUAAAGGAAGACCCGAGGAAUUAAAAGAAAAAUUUAUCGAAUUAACUGAAAAGUCUGAUCCAAAUGUUUUACCGCCAGAAUGUACGCCCAAUAUAGACGGUAUAAAUGCAAAAAGUGUGCCUAGAGAACAAACAAUGCAUUCCUUCCAUACUUUAUUCUGCAGAAGAUGCUUCAAAUACGACUGCUUUUUACAUCCAGCCAGGGGGACCUCGCCGCAAGGUCUUCAAGUGUGUCAUCCAGGGCCAAACUUGCUGAAGCGGAAAGGACCUGAUCUAAAGCCGUUUGCGGAACCGUGUGGUGCGGAAUGUUACAUGCACUUGGAAGGAAUGAAGGAAAAACUGGCGGCACAAGCGGCGGAUAAAGAAGAAGAAGGCGAUGAGAAACGCGGUGGUCCUAGAAAAGUGCGAAAACAAGCGAGCGUCGAUUCUGGAAACGAAGCGAGCAGCGAGGACAGCAACGACAGCAAUAAGUAUGGUCAAGAAGGCAGUUGUCAAGAAGAUUUUAAGCAAAACGUUAAUAACAAGGACGCCAAACCCGAAGAAAUAAUAAUAGAGGACCAAGCACAACCCGAAAAUCAAAUACCUUUCACGCUGAUGGAAGCUGGCAAACGGAUUAAGACAGAGAGCGAAUUUUCGUGGACGGGUUCUGAGCAGAGCUUAUUUCGAGCUCUUCACAAAGCCUUCCCCGGUAAUCCGUGCGCAAUGGCGCAAAUUAUGUUAACAAAAACUUGCCAGGAGGUGUACGAAUUUGCGCAGAAAGAAGCCUCGGAUAUUCCCGCUGUAGAAAACUUCAAAGACUUCACGCCGCCGCGAAAGAAGAAAAAGAAGCAUCGAUUGUGGUCGAUGCAUUGUAGAAAAAUACAGUUGAAGAAGGAUUCUGGUGCUAAUCAUGUGCACAAUUUCGCACCAUGCGAUCAUCCCGGUCGACAGUGCGACAACUCGUGUCCCUGCAUACAGGCACAGAAUUUCUGCGAGAAGUUCUGUCAGUGCAGUAGCGAGUGCCAGAAUCGAUUCCCCGGUUGCAGAUGCAAAGCCCAGUGCAACACGAAACAAUGUCCAUGCUAUUUAGCUGUGAGAGAAUGUGACCCGGAUCUCUGCCAAACGUGUGGCGCUGAUCAGUUUCAUAUCACUAAGAUAUCAUGCAAAAACGUUAGCGUACAGCGCGGUCUUCACAAGCAUCUGUUGAUGGCACCGUCGGAUGUGGCGGGUUGGGGAAUUUUCCUGAAAGAAUCGGCGGCGAAGAACGAGUUUAUCUCGGAAUAUUGCGGCGAAAUUAUCAGUCAGGAUGAAGCGGACAGACGUGGAAAAGUAUACGACAAAUACAUGUGCAGUUUUCUUUUUAAUCUCAAUAAUGACUUUGUCGUCGACGCGACAAGAAAAGGAAAUAAAAUAAGAUUCGCCAAUCAUUCGAUAAAUCCCAAUUGUUACGCAAAAGUAAUGAUGGUGAACGGCGACCACAGAAUAGGUAUUUUUGCUAAGAGAGCAAUCCAACCUGGUGAAGAAUUAUUUUUCGAUUACAGAUAUGGACCAACGGAGCAACUAAAAUUUGUCGGUAUCGAGCGAGAGAUGGAAUUUCUCUAAGAAUUUUAUAUUUUGUAUAGAAAUAUGCACAUAUGAACGCGCGCGGGGCAAUAGACAGAUGCAUACAGCUGAAACGUUACAAACGAAUAAAACAGUUUUAUUCGUUUAUUGUACAAUGGAAGUACAUAUAUUAUCAUUAUUAAUCCUAGUAAACAAAGUAAAAAAAAUAUGCCAGCAGAUUGGCAGCAAAUUGCAGACCAAUUGCUGCUUCUUUGCCGACAAAUGUCGAUUUUCGAUUGUGCUAUCAAUGAAUAGCGUUUUACCCACCUUUAUUUAUAUAAUAAAAUCUCAGAAUCAUUCUAUUUAUAUAUAUAUACACAUAAAUAUACAUAUGAGAAA